UCCGCGUCAUACGUCAUUCAGUCGCACCGUGCCUUGAGAAAUUACGCAAUGUCUAACAACUAAUGUAAAACACAAGCGAUUUACCUAACAGUUGGCUAAAUUCCGUGUGUAUACACACUCCGAUCGACCCAGAGAGGCACUACACCCAGCUUCUGACCACUUCAAGAUGCUGCGCACGACAGCAACGAUGGGAAUCAUGGCGGCGGUGGCCGUGAAAGCGGCACCCGAGCCCCAAAAACCAGCAUCAGUCAGUGGGUCGGAUUGCAGCCUGGUCUGCCGGCCCAGCGAACUGCCCAUCUAUGGCAGCCUGCGCAAGACAGAACCGAAACCAGAGCGGCAUCCACCACAAGACUCGGCGCUGCACAAGAAUCUGGAGACCGGAGUCCGCUAUGUGCGCGAAGAGGUCCAGGCUGGCUACAAGGCUGUGGCCGAUCGGGCCGGCGUUGUGGGUCAUUACUUCGAGACGGCCAAGGCACACACCCAACACACCAUCGACCUGCUUAACGAACCCCAGAACUCCUUGCAUCGCAGCGGAGCCAUUGUUGUGGGCGGUCUGGCGGGAUUCAUCUUUGCUGCUCGCGGAGGCUUCAUCAAGAAGGUGGUGUACACGGGUAUAGGAGCUGGAGCGGUUGCCUCUCUGUGCUAUCCUCGCCAGGCUGAGGAGAACUGCAGAGUGGUCCUGUAUGAAGGCCGCAAAAUCUUCGCAGUGGCUUAUAACUUCAUAAAGGGUGUCAAACCAGGAGACGAAGUGUCAAUCGAGCCUAUACAGAAGUUCCCAACCUCCCUAGAGGACCUUAAGUUCUUGGCAGGCGACCUAUACGAGGAGGCUAAGGAUUUGAUAUUCCCCAAGAAGAAGUAGGAAAUGCCCUCUCGCAAAAGGGAACUUCCCAAUCACCCCCAAUCCGGCCGUGAAAUGUGCAUCGAUUUAAGUUCAAUGGAGCUUGGAUUAUUUCCCAUUAUGUGAUCAAGCUGGAAGUAGUUAUAUUUUUUCUUGUUGCCAGAAAUAAAUUGGCCUCGAGUCCGAAAAGUGAAAA